GUCGAUUUGUCGUCAAUUGUCAAUUGAAAAUAUUUUUUGCAUAAAUGAAAAAAUCUUAUUUAAGUUUUGUAAUAUUGUGAGAUUUUUUUUUAUAAUGUGUUCUGUGCUUAUGACAACAUUUUAGUCUAGAAAAUUGUUUAAAAAAUAUGCGUCGUUGGAGGAUACCACGUGCCUUUGGUUAUUCAAAAAGACAUGGUAAUCGAAUUCUUGAAAAGCAAUUGAACGAUGACUGGAACGAAUUAGCUGAUGAUAAUACUGAGGCCGCAUCAUCUAAUGACAAUGACAUGUUAAGAGAAGCUGAUGAAGUUCUUUAGAAACAAUUGGAAGACUAUUGGAAAAUGUUAACGGAGGAAGAUACUGAGUCUGCUGCAUUUAACACUAAUGACAUGUCAAAACAAGAAAAUCUAAUUCUUAAAAAACAAUUGGAAGAUGAUUGGCAAGAGUUAAUGGAUGAAAAUAGUGAGGCUUCUACAUCUGCUCCUAGUAUUUCAACAAGUGGUCGUGAAUGCGGUGAAUUUGUUCCUGAAGUAAAUAAUGAGGAAUGGUCUAGUGAUAUAGGUUAUCGCAAUUUUGAGAUGGGGAAGAAUUUUUCCGCCAGAGAAUCGUGCCCCGAUGAAGAUGUCAACAGCUUCUUAAGAUAAGAUAGUAAAAACACUUUUAAAGUAACUUAUAAGACAUAAUACUAAAACUUCAAGAGUCUGUAAAUUUUUGUUACUUUUUUUUGCUGCUAAAAAUGAUAAAUUAGUGUAGAGUUAAGUAUAAUUUUCGAAAAAUUAAAAUUAGUAAUUUUCUCGUAAUAUUUAUUAUUUUUCA